AUGCCGACGCUCACAGCCAGUAGCUUGUUCUCUCAGCUUGGCGAUCAGUAUUCGCUCUCCCUUCGUGUAUCACAUCACCUUAUACUCGGAGAACCUGGUAAUGGCGCCCACACGGUCUCAGCCAAACAACUGCAAGAUCUCGACGUCGCGCCUUGGCACGACGGCGUCUCCUUGGUCCUCCGUGCAGCUGAGCACCGCACCGCAAAGAUAGCACCCGCCAACCUACAGGCCAGCUCUCUAUUGGCGCAUUUCCGCGAUUCUCUUCAUGCAAACCUAGAUGGCCUCGGCUUGGACGAGAUAGAAGAAAGGUUAGAUGGCGAUAACUUGUGCAUCGACCUUACAAUGAACCCACCGUCUACUUCCCGGCCGCCGCGGCUCUACCUACGCGCCAUCCACCUAGACUACGUCUGGAAAGCAACGCAAGAAAGCGCAGAGGCGCAUAUAUUCUCCCCAAACCUACUUUUGCCCGAUAUCCCCGUACUCGAUUCCCUCUUCCAACGUCUCAUCACGUAUCACCUCGUCGGCCGAUACCCGCUCAUCUUCGGACCUUACUCUCGUAGACUGGAUGCCGAACGCAACCUGUUCCAAUCUAUUGCCCGGAAAAUUCUGACUAUCGCUGUGCGGUCCCCGAACACCAGCCACCGGAAGAGCACGCGCAGGCUCAUUGCGCGCAUGCGUGCCUCUCAUGAACGGGAGACCGACUUGAUUGUCUCUCGAGUCUCCGUGCUCGCACCAAGUGGCGACGAUAUAUCUGAAUCUAUGGAUGACGAUAGAGUAUCGGACACGCGUGCGAUCACGUUCGCUUUGGAGAGACUGUAUAGAAAGGCGCUUCGGCCUCGUCGAUUCAAGGUUAAAAUGUCAUCUGCACAUUCACCUCCCAGACAAGCCGCUCUCGAAGGUUACCCUGACUCCGAUCUGGACAUUCACCCCGAAGAUGGCCUGUGCUCUACACAACCUGCUCUCGCCGAUCAUGCGUCCGAGGAACACAACGACAUAUUUGCCGUAUCUGAUGGACACUAUAUACCAGUACAGGAAGACCAUACCGCCGCUGAGCUAGCGAGGGACAUGCUGGACCUAUUCGCCGACGACGACUCUGAGAAUGCUUUACUAAUAGACGAAGACGACCAGUUGGAUGAGUCCUUACUGUUCUCGGACGAUGAUACCGCUAUGCUCUCUGACGAAGAAGACAUCUUCUCUCCUCGGCCAUACCCUCAAACGCCCAUCAGUAGACGAUCUGCUUCUCCUGAUGAGCGUCACAUUGAACCGUACCCUCCUAUGGCAGUCUCUUCGCCUCGUACCUCUACACCUCGAGCUCCUGACGCUUUGGAAGAUCAUGAAAUGGCGCUCGACUUCGACGACAUGAAUGAUGACGAUGACUGGCCACCCACUCCUCAAGGGCAUUCCCCCACCCAUAGUCCACCUGACUCACACCCUUACUCGGCAUCUUCGUGGACAACUGCCACUCCCGACGCUCUCGAGGUCGACCCUGAGCAUGACACCGGCGAUCGCGAAGAUCUAUGUCGGAUAUUCGAUCACGAACAAGACCUCUCCCAUUCUCCUCUGCUAGGAUCCCCUUCGAAGGAACCACCACACGAUGACACAUACCCUCUAUCGCCUAUACCUGCAUCCUACGCCGAAUACCAUUCGGAGACUGACCUCGCUGAUCUCGCGCUCAUGGACCGCGACGACUGCCUUUCGUUCGACGACUAG